AGACUGAGGUCGGGAAUUCAAACUGACAGGUGGCAGCGUGGCCGUUGGCGGCGGCCGGGCUGGUCGGACUGACGGACGGACUGACGGACUGAGAGCGACGGCGGGGCCCGCCCGCCAUGUCGGGCAGCAGCUGCACCUUCGAGGACCGCUGCGUGUCCGUGCUGUGCUGCCGCUUCUGCCAGCAGGUGCUGAGCUGGCGGGGGAUGAAGGCCGUGCUGCUGGCGGACACCGACACCGACCUCUACUCCACCGACAUCCCGCCCUCGGGUACUGUUGAUUUCAUCGGAAGCUGCUAUUUUACUGAGAUCUGCAAAUGCAAACUGAAGAACAUCGCGUGUUUGAAGUGUGGUAACAUUGUCGGUUAUCACGUGAUUUCUCCCUGCAAACCUUGCCUGCUGUCCUGUAAUAAUGGCCACUUCUGGAUGUUUCAUAGCCAAGCAGUCUUUGGCAUCAACAGACUAGACCCUUCUGGUGUGAAUGUGUUGCUCUGGGGCAACUUGCCAGAUUUGGAGGAAAGCACAGAUGAAGAUAUGUCCUGCAUCUCUGAGGAGGAGCAUAUCAGAUAAAUAUUAUCUAUAAUAUACUACAGUGUCUUCCCUAGAUUUGUUGCAUUGCUGUUUGGUUUGGAUUUUUUUUUCCUGCUGUCCCGUCAGAGCUUAAACAACACAGGAAACCAGGAAAUCUGGAAAAUUAUCCUAAAAGAGGACGGUAUCAUCUUCCUCUUUCACUGUAGCCUUCCUUAGACUCUUGAAUCUGCCUAGUGCGUAUCUUCUGACUAGAGACAUGCCUUGGUUAGACAUGGAAAUGGAGACGGAAAGUGCAUUUAGUGAGGUCUAGGUCUGUUUUGUUUUUUACAUUUAAGUCUCAACAUUUGAUAAUCUUUGCUCUGUGAAUACUGUUUUAGGAAAGAAGAAAAAAUACAGUUAAAGUCUUUCAGUUGCUGUAAGCACAGCUUUAAAAUCUUAAGAGUCAGUCUGGUUGAUGAAGUUCUGAAAGAGCUCUGCUUUUGUGGUCACACGGACCAUUGCCCAGAGCUUCUAUUCUGAGUGUACGGAGUUGCCGAAUAAGUGGGUUAAAGUACCCGAGCUUUGGCUCUAUGAUCUGGCUUUCCUGCUCUUAGCAGCUUGUUCUCCGGGCAUCUGAGGCAUGCCAGGACGCUCCUGGAUGCUGACUGGGGAGCUAUCAGAGUCUCCCAUCUUCAUCUUUCAGUACUUUUAGGAUCAUGUUUCUGUGGAGAUCAAGUUAGUUUUCUGGGUUUUCUUUUUCCCCUGAUAAAACCUAACUACUGAAGUUACUUCAAGCCUAAUAUAACGUCAAGACUACACUGAAAUUUUUAUUAAGGUCAGCAAUAAAAUCCACCCAGUUCUAUGUGUUAUUUUCUUCCCCUUAUAGGAUAAGCAUCCCUCCAAAACAGAACUCAGUCAUCGACUGGGUCUUUUACAGAGAGGGAAAAAAAAAAAAGAGAAAGAGAUCAGGUUAGAUAUUUGGUGUUCCUGCCUAACCUUGUAUCCUGAAGCAUACACACAAUCUGGUUCCCGUAAGAAGUAGUGGAUUCAGAGCUCAUUAUCCGAGUUGUUACAGCCAUAGUAUUUAACUUAUGAACGAAAUACUGUCCCCUUCAGCCAGUCACCUGAAGGAUCACCUGUAGAAAACUCAAGGUACGCUCAUAUAAGAGAACUGAGUACAUUUUUGAAUUUGGAUUGAUGCUGAAUAAAAAGUUCUGUAGCUUCUUGCGAUACUUGGAAGAGGUGCAGUGAAGGCAGAUCUGAAUUGUCUUAGUAUUUUUACUGCAUGUUAUAUAUUUCUUAAGGAAGGGUACUACCUCUUCUGCAUUGUUUAAAUGUAUAUUGGUAUAUAUACGUACGUGUGGGUAUAUGUGUAUGUCUUGUUUAGACUUCCUGUAUUAUGUCUGGUCAUUAAAGAAAAGUUUUGGACUA